CGAGAAGUCAAACAGAUUGACAUUUACUCAAUGAAAUUUUUUUCGUAAUGUAAAUUUCACCCUGUUUUUUCUCUCGUAUUGAUGAAUACUGCUUGAAAUUUGGCAUAUAGUAGGAUUAAUGAUCCUACGCAAAAUGUGUUAGGUUAUGUUAUGCCCACGGUAUUUUUUGGGUGAAAAGUAAUUACCAUCUAUCAUGGACCCCAACAUCUAUGCAUUGGUUUUGGAUACACUAAACCGUGCAACCAGUCAAGACACUGAAGUCUUAAAACCAGCUGAGAAGAAGCUUCAAGAAUGGGAGAUAGAACCGGGAUUUUAUUCUGUACUAUUGAAUGUACUCUCCAAUCAUACCAUUGAUAUCAAUGUCCGAUGGCUGGCUGUGAUGUGCUUCAAAAAUGGGGUUGACAGAUACUGGAGGCGGAAUGCCCCCAAUGCCAUCACAGAUGAUGAAAAACAGAAGUUGAGGCAUGGGUUACUUACGCAAAGUAUAUUUAGUGAACCAGUUGCACAGAUUGCCACACAACAGGCUGUUCUAAUUUCGAAAAUAGCUAGAUUCGACUGUCCUACAAAUUGGCCGAGUCUGGUUCCAGAAUUAGUAGGUGCUCUGAAGGCGCCCCAGCCUUUAGUUCAGCAUAGAUCAUUACUAAUAUUUCAUCAUGUUGUCAAGGCAUUGGCUUCUAAAAGACUUAUUGGGGAUCGGCGGACUUUUCAGGAAUUAACAAAUUCAGUAUACUCUUUCAUUCUCAACCUUUGGCACGAGAAUACGGAGUUAUUCCUCCGACACAUCCAAGAGGGCGCCGCUACCGAAUUGAUUACUGAACAUUUGGAGAAAGCUCUUCUUUGCCUGAGGAUACUGAGGAAGUUGACAGUCUUUGGUUUCAAGAAGGCACACGAAAGUCAAGAUGCCAGUGCCUUUUUGAAUGUAGUAUUUGACAGAGCUAAAACAAGCUUGGAAUGCAGGAAACUUCUUAAAGGUCGUGGUAUUUACCCCCUGGAAUUAUGUGAGAAGUUCAUAAUACAUCUGACCAAAGUGGCGCUGGGUGUGUUGUGCUUCCAUCCAUUCUCGUAUGUGCCACUUAUCCGACCUUCUCUGGAGUUUGCAUUGUAUUACUGUUUCACAGAACAAGGCAUGUCUCUCAUAUACGAGAGGUUCACUAUACAAUGUUUGAAUAUUGUGAAGGGGAUAUUACAGUGUGUAGAAUAUAAGCUGCCAAAGGGAAUAGAUCAGGUUAAAGAGCCAUUGACGCUACAAGCCCACCAAGUUAAAACCGAGGUGUUGGACACAAAUACAGUUUGCCAUAUGUGUCGGCACUUAGUCACGCAUUACUUCCUACUCAGCUCUGACGAUCUGUCAUUGUGGGACGCGGAACCUGAGAGUUUUGCCACUGAUGAAGCUGGCGAGUCUUGGAAGUAUAGUUUGAGGCCAUGCACAGAGACUUUGUUCAUGGAAUUGUUUCAAUUCCGCAACGUGUUGGCACCAGAGCUGGUGCGACUGCUCGCAUCGUUGCAGCAGCGGCAAAUAUCACCUGACGAUCUGCCCGCUAUCUUGAAGAAAGAUGCGAUAUAUAAUGCAGUGAGAUUGGCUGCUUUCGACUUGUAUGACGAUGUUGAUUUUGACGAAUGGUUUACAAAUGUAUUAAGUCAAGAGUUAAAAAUCAAAGAUAAUAAUUAUAGAAUUAUAAGAAGAAGAGUAUGUCAAUUGAUUGGCCAAUGGUGUGGAGUUCGCGCAUCGCAGUCGCUAAGGCCAGCAAUGUACGAAGCUUUGCUAGAACCACUCUCCAGAGCGGAUGAAGAUGCCGCAGUGAAGCUUGCAGCCGCUGAAGCGCUGAGAAGCACUAUUGACGAUUUUAACUUCGACGUGGAACAGUUCGCACCGUAUGCGCCCCACGCAAUUGCAGCGCUUUAUGAAUUAUUGGUGGAAUCUGAAGAGUGUGAUACGAAGAUGCAUGUGUUACACGUAGUGUCGUACGUGAUGGAGCGUUGCGGCGCGAGUGUAGCACGUGGCGGAGGUACCGGCGCUUUGUUCUCAUAUUUACCACAACUGUGGAAUCACGCCGCCUCACAUAAUAUGCUGAGGGCGGCUGCGUUGUCUGCUGUUGUUCAUCUGCUUAAGGCUCUAGGCGAAUGCACACCCAACAUUCGGCCAUGGAUACUGAGUGUAGUGAACGAAUCGACUAGGCUUUCUGAACCGGCUCAUGUUUAUCUUUUGGAAGAUGCGUUAGAGCUCUGGCUAGCUAUACUAGAGACCUCGCAUACUGCGGACCCGGCGACGUUGCAGCUUGCUGAAAAUUUGUAUCCAAUAUUAGAGCAAUCAACAGAACACCUCCGAAUUGUAGUCUACAUAAUGCAAGCAUACACAUUGCUAUGUCCUGAGGAGUUUCUGUCGGGUGCCGGUGGGAAAUGUAUGGCUCUUUUAGAAGAUAUGCUGAGUGAUAUGAGGACUGAAGGAGUGAUUACCGUGUUAAAGAUGGCGGAGAUCUGUGUCAGUGUAUCGUUCCCGGAGAGGAAUACAUUUUUGGGUGUUAAAGUUAUAUGGCCUAUACUCAUUAGGGUUAUUCAUUGUCUUCUAGAAGGAGACGAUCUUCCAAUGGUUCUCUCCGUACAACUGUGCCUGGUCUCCCGUGUGAUCUUACUGUCAUCAGAUCUGUUCUACAAAGCAAUACAAGAGGCCUCAAAUGGGCUGGUCGAGUAUGAUUCAGAUCCUGUAAAGGUUUUGACAAGGUUCCUUCACGUUUGGACAGAGAAGAUGAAUCUGGUCACACAGGUGGAGAGGUGGAAGGUAGUUGGGUUGGGAUUGGCAGCACUGCUAACAACACAAAACGCAACAGUGUUGGAGCGGUUCCCGGCUAUACUGCUGAAUCUGACUGAGGUGUUGAAUGACGUUAUGAAGACAGAAGAUAAUGGCACUUAUGUGGAUGGUCUGGUGGCGCCACCCGGGUCUCGUCCUGCAUCUCCGCUGGAGGGUCGCGGGGGUGCGGCGCGGUGGGGGGACGCCGCCGCCGCCGGGGACACUCCCCACGAACUGCGUAGGCGUCGCUUGGCGGCCUCGCACCCGGCGCACUGCAUCGAUCUACGUGCUGUUACCAUGCAUCAGUUGGAAACAUUGAAGAACCAAGUGGGAGUCGAGACAUUCAACCGCUUAAUACAAGCCACCGAUCAAGAGACCCUACAACAAAUCAGAGAGUACAUACCGCUCUGAAUUUUAUUGUAUGUUCAGUACAUUUAUACAUGAAUUUGCUUACAAUGAAAUUUACCAUUUCAACCUU